GGAGGAAGGAGGAGGAGGUGGCGUUGGUGGUGAAGGAGGAGGAGGAGGAGGAGGAGGAGGAGGAAGGGCAGGAGCUGUGGGGAUGGUAGCAGGAGCAGGAGGAAGAGGAAGAGGGGGAAAGGAGGCCAGGGAGAUGUACCUCAUCCAGUUCCCCGGGGAAGAAGAGGACGAGGGAGGGAUGAUGGAGGACGAGGAAGGGGAGGGCAGCCACAGCGGUGAGGGGGAGGAGACGGCCAACAUCAAAGAGGAGUUUCCACAAACAGAGGGCUAUCAACCCGCCUCUCUCCAGCUAAUCAAGGAAGCUUUGAAGAUGGACCCGCCCAACCAGAACCUCCAAACCGGCUCCAGAGCCCAAAGCGAAGGAGAGCUGUCAGAUCGUCCCCCGACCCUUCAUUCGGGUGAGGGAGAAGAGGAGGAGGACUGGGACGGGGAAUCCUCGGAGCCGUCGGAGAGCGGCAUGACCAUGGAUGAGCUGAGGGGUCUGGAAUCCGCACUGAGGGCCGAGAGAGGCCGCGAACAGGCCGCCCUGACGGCCUCCCAGCCCGUCAGCCCAGACUCGGAGGUAGUGCGAGAAAGCGAGGACAGCCUGGCCCCAAAGUACAUUGGUCUUGAUGGAAUGGAGCAGGACGAAGAGCUGGAGCCGCCCACCCUGCAGAGAGAGGAGCAGAUAGGGCCAGGCAGGUUGAAAGACGCCGUGAGAGAGUUGAAGGUAGGCUGGUCCAAGAAGUUGCGAGAGGGCGACUCGGCGGCGGUCAUGACUGGAAAGGACGUGGUGGAGGAGGGAGAGUCGGAGCACCUGCCCCCACUGUCUGCUUCAGGGAGUAUCGGGGAGAGCGGAGGGGAAGAGGAGGGCGGCGCGGACCUGCUCCACUUCUGCCCGCAGUGUGGAGGAGGCUUCACCACCGAGGCUGAGAUGGAGGAGCACCCUUGUCCACUAGGAGCCAAUCAUUUACAGGACAGCGGAGAGGAAGGUCUUUUCCCCUGCGCCCACUGCGGCAACACGUUCAGCCACGCCUGGGCUCUCAAGAAUCACGAAUGCGCCUGUGCCGCCGAGAGGCCGCACUGCUGCGAGAUCUGCGGGAAGCGCUUCACGCACUCGCGCUCGCUGGAACGGCAUCAUCUGGUGCACACGGGCGAGAGGCCGCACCGGUGCCCUCAGUGCGGACGCAGCUUCAGUCGUCUGGGCAAUUUGGAGCGGCACCAGCGGAUUCACACGGGCGAACGUCCGUACGGGUGCGAAGCGUGCGGGAAGCGGUUCAGCCGCGUGGAGUACUUAAAGAGACAUCAGCUCAUACACAGCGUGAAAAGGCGGCACUCCAGUGCUCCAAUUGUGGAAGUGGCUUUAGUGAUGUGGAGCAACUGAAAAACCACCAGUGUUUUUAGAGGCGCUCCUUCAAAUCUCUGAUAGAACUGGAAAGGAAAAAAGCAGGUUUUUAAUUGAAUGUGGUGGACUUUAGGUGAUGAAUGUGACCGGUGGAUGCUAAUUUUAUUCUCAGUGAUUUUGCUUUUCUUACACACUCUGACAUGAUGAAGAAGUUAAAUUAACUUUUAAGUUAAAGAAGCAGAUACAUUUGUGUGGACGAUUUUUUUGUUGAGUACAUAAAGAAGGCAAAUGUCCAAAGUUGACAGGAAGUCAGUUGUACAUGGUGUUUCUCUAUAUUUCAUUCUUCAGCUGUUUUAAUUUGAGGUGUUCUCAUCUGUAUGUACAAAGCUUGUACUUAUUUAUGAUAAUCAAUGAAUUGUACAUUUUUGUCUUUUUAUCAAUAAGUCAAUCACGUUGAAGCCGAUGCCCUCGUGCCCUCGUUUUAUGCCGGACAAUAUAAUUGACAGCUUGGUAUUUUGUAUGUUUUGUGUUUUGGUCUUAUCAGUAAGAAAUAAAUAUUUCAAUUCAUCAGAAGA